AUGACCGCCACUGAGACGAUGACUGCACCCACAACACCAAGCACUAACAAGCCUUACCUAGAGGCCCUUCAACGUGAUGGAUUCGUGGUCGUACGGUCGAUUCUCUCGCCUGCUGAAGUAGUAACUCUACGUGAAGCAGCGACCGAAGUCACUCUGCAAACGCGAAACGGCAAAUGGCCGUACCUGCGCUCUGUGCCAAAGCAAUUCCCUCCAUGGCCGAAUACUCCACCGCCAUCAUCCGAGGGUGGCAUUUGGGGGGUUCAGCAUUUGAUGCAUCCUGAGAUGCCGCAUCGUGAAAAAUUUAUUAAAACAUAUUUCUCGCCUCAAAUCCUGAGCAUUGCAGAAGAACUACUAGGAAUCUCUGACAGUAGUGAUCGUGAGGAAUUGCUAGUUAUGGAGUUAUUCAACCUUCUCGUUGCACCAGAAAACAUACCCUUUGAGCUGCGCUGGCACCGAGAUGAUAUUCCAGGCCCCGAAGGCAAACAGUCACACGCACAAUAUAAUUUCUCGUUAUGUCCGGACGCAUCCCUUAUUGUGGUACCCGGGUCCCAUCGUCGCGUGCGCACUGAGACUGAGAGGAGUGCGGAUCCCUACGAGAAAAGCCUGCCAAAUCAGCUCAUCGUUCGCCUAGAACCUGGUGACGCGGUCUUCUACGACAGCAAUAUUUUACACCGCGGCAUAUAUCAACCGAAACCUGAAGGAGGCGAGGAAAUCCGUCUCACACUUCACGGUAGCAUAGGGUUGAAAGACCACGGCACUGAUUCCGACAAAGUAAGAGCAACAGCUGUUUUACAACAUGGCAUCGGGUUGUGGGUUGACCGAGAUGAUGCCUCGCUGGAUGCAGGCGAGCGAGCAGAGAAGAUGCGGACCAAUCUGAUUGGUUUGGGCAAGGGUGAAAAUAUUGGAUAUUCCCUGGAGGGAUAA